AUGCCAACUCGGUCUACUGACUUCUCUCAUCUUCGUGAUGGCCUCAUUCGUGCAAUCAACGUGCGUGCGAAAGACGCUCGACUUCCCUCGGCUAGCUAUGAACUAUCAGAUGAAGCCGAAGGUACUUUAUCUAAAAACUUGACCGAGCUCAAGUCACUUUUUCCUCGUUUUAAAGUGCAGCGUGGUCACACUCUUGACAUAAUCGUUCAAAAGACACGCUUGAAUACAUAUUUGCUUUCUUUGCAAUAUAACGGGAAGGAGCUUGGGACUGUGGAAAGUGCACCUGCUUCAACAUCGGGUACUUUGCCACCAUUUACGCUUCCUACAACCCUCUUGCUCGCUUAUGUAGGUACCCACCCUGACAUAAGCGAGCCAUUGCGCAAGUCAAUAGCCAGUGGUCUAGAGGACGGGCUGCCUUAA